AUGCUGAGCCUGAGAUCCAUCUCGAACCUUGGAUGCGUCUUUCUCCUGAUCUUGGGGCUGACGGCCUUGUUUGCAAUAUGGCCGAUCGUCAAGAGUCAGGUCGAUCGGAGCAAGGGGAACGCGGGACCCGUGGGAGGGUACAAUACAGGCGGGAUCAAUGGAACGGGGCAGGUACCCACGAUCCCGGGUCAUUUCUCCCUCAUCGAUCGGUUCACCCCCGAAUCCGCUCUCAAACACGUCAGUCUGGAAACGGGCGAAGAGUGGGACCUGGUCUUUUCGGACGAGUUCAACGAGGAAGGGCGGACCUUCUGGCCCGGAGACGACCCCUUUUGGGAAGCCGGGGAUCAGCAUUAUUGGUCGACAAACAACCUCGAGUGGUACGAUCCUCGGAUGAUCACGACCGAGAAUGGACACUUGAAGAUCACGCUCGACAAGAUCCCGAAUCACAAUCUGAAUUAUUCGGGAGGACUGAUGACUACGUGGAACAAGUUUUGUUAUACUGGAGGUUACUUUGAGGCCAGCCUCAGUCUGCCCGGGACGUCGAGCGUUUAUGGGUUGUGGCCGGCAGUGUGGACCCUUGGGAAUCUGGGAAGGGCUGGAUACGGUGGAACUCUUGACGGCAUGUGGCCAUAUAGCUACAACGAGUGCGACGUCGGGACCCUUAAGAACCAGAGUAAAGAUGGUCUGCCCGAAAUUGCUUUCACCUCUGGUGAAGAGGCGUACAACUAUACACUCUCCUACUUGCCUGGACAGCGGCUGUCUGCCUGUACAUGUCCCGACGAUGAGACGCAUCCCGGUCCACGAAACAGCACGACUGGAGGAUUUGUUGGCAGGUCUGCUCCGGAGAUCGACAUGAUCGAAGCGCAGCCGUCCUUUCAUCGCUAUCAGGUUUCUCAAUCCGCACAAUGGGCUCCGUUCAAUCCUUAUUAUGAGUGGAUCAACACGUCGGCCACUUAUGAGAUCUACGACGACGAAGUCGUGCAUCUGAACAGUUAUCAAGGAGGGCACUAUCAGCAAGCGACUUCAGCCUACGCGAUCACCGAUCAGAAUUGCUAUACCGGUAACACUGGUUGCAUGUCUGUCUAUGGUUUCGAAUAUGCGACCGGAGACGAUGGAUAUAUUACCUGGGUCAACGAUGGCGCAAAGUCAUGGACGAUUAGGACGGGAGCCCUCGGUCCGAAUGCGGCCGCCGAGAUCGGCUACCGCCAGAUACCGGUCGAGCCCAUGUAUCUCAUCAUAAACUUGGGUAUCUCGCCUAAUUUCGGUGCCAUCGAUUACGAGGGCUUGGAAUCGCUCUGGCCAACGACGUCCGAUCCGUCGAAACUAAAUAUCGGAUGCGACCCCCCAGACUACCCGACAGCUGCGUAUAUCGAGCGAUAUAUAGAAGGUCAGUCACGCCCCGUCCCUCUUCUGCUCGCUGCACUAUCGGGACUUUUGCUAAUAUCAUCACGCUCCGUCGUCCAAUCGGAUGUGCGCAGCAUAUAA